CAAUAAUAUGGUCGUAUGUGAACAUUAUAGUAUAUAGAAAAGCAAAACGAGAGAAAAUUAUCUAAGCUUGGCGCGUUGGGAAUUCAUAGUCAGUCUGUUGGAGUAUGUGAUAAUGAAUACUUAAGUAAAGAAAUCUUGCCAUUUUCUAUUUUUUUGCGAGUAUCAUCCCCUUCAACUCUAGAGUUUUAUUCUUCGAGGUUUUCUAACAUGAUGGGAUUGAGCCAUAGCAAAUAUACUAUUGAUGUUACCGUAGAUGGUGACAUGAUCAAUAAGCGGCCUCGAAUUAGCGAAGAGGCAAUGGCUACAGGGCCCAACAAGUCCACAGUCAGCCCCUCCCGUGUGGGCCUCGAGCUUCCAAGAGUCCAUAUCGAAAACGAAAGCAAUAAGGGGAAUUUGGCACCGAUCAAGGUUGAAACUUUGGAACCCAGCCUAAAACCACCUGUACCACUUCUCCAACGGCUCCAAAUCCAUGAGUGGGACAAUGACGAAGAUAAUAUUACGGUGGUGGAUACCGAUACCUCUGAGCUCACAUGGUCUGAUUGCGGAUCAGAAUAUAGAAGCAGGGAAUCAAGCUUAGGUGAAAAAGACGACGACAAUGACGACGACAUGUAUAUGGUGAUCCAUGAUGGUCCAUAUGCUGACAGCAUUCGCGAGCUGAGACGGAAGGAAAAGUCCCGUUUCCCUGUCGCUUUGGUGGUAAAGCUAGAGACCAAUCGCCUGAGAAAAUUGAGCAACCCGGGCGUGCGAAACUCCCCGUCGACGAUUGUCCCUCCUUCCAGAGGCUUUGUGAUCAUGCAUGUGUCAGACCCAUUGACUUCUCCUACUGGGGCAGUUCACGAACGAGAACGUGCAGUGGUUGGGAUAGCCCAGAGUCUUGAGAAAGCCAAUAUCGAAGCUAUGUCAUACUUCUGCCACCAUCAUCACGGGCACAUGUGUGGCUUGGAUGUGAUAGGAAAUAGCCGACAGAACCGUGUAAAAUCACCAUUCAUGGAGGUCAAGGAGUAUAGUGGUAUACAAUCGUUUGAGGCGUUCCAUCACGCCAGUGGCACAAGGGAUUGUUCGGCUUGGGGUGUUGAUCCAACGGGCUGCUUGGGACUCUUAGCUGUUCACGGUAUGAAAUGUUUUAGCAUGGUUUAUGUGAAGGAGACAUACUGGUUCGCUUGAAGAGAAUGUCUAUUGGAGGCGUGAAUUGAAGAAUUAGGUACUGUGUUCCCUGAGGCUGUAUGGUCGGGGUUUCAAGGUAGUUUUAAGUAGUUGGUUUUUGUAUUCGCAGAGAAAGAAAAGAAAAAAUGUUAUCAUAUCAGAACACUUGCUCAUGAGAUGUAUGUCUUCUAGCACCUGCUCUUUAUGUUGUUGCAAUAUGAACCGUGAUAUUGGUGUGAAAUGGUUGUUAAUGAUUGGUU